AUGGCCAUUCUAAGUCUUUCACAAUGGGAUCCUUUCAAGCUGGACGCUCUUGGUCUAGUGACUCUUUUUGGGGCCAAGGAGAUGAACACGUCUAUUGGCAACCUCACAGAAAGCAAGUUCACGGAGUGGCUCCCAAUUUUGGGAUCCUAUGCUGUCGCCAACAACGAGAUUGCAGAACCGGAACAGGGGUUUGUUCUGUAUAACAUCACCGACGGUAUCAUGGCAACGGACGUGUCCAACGAAUGA